AUGUCAGACGGCAACAUCGACGUAGAGCCUAUGGGAUCACACCAAGCUUCCAUGAAUCAACACGGAUCACUUCAACACCAACAGUCGACACAACACCGGCCGGUGUAUCAUCACACCGCUGUCAAUCCGGUCGUUGGAUCUGGUCACCAUCACCUCACACAAGAUCCCCAUGCUGCUACUCCACGAUCCAUGGCCUGCAAUCUCGAUGUUCUCUCUGACGCUGCUCUGGCAACCGAGGUCAAUACCGGACCGCCGAUGCUUGAUGAUAUGUCGCAGCAGGAUACUGUUCAUCAUAAUGGAGUCAAAAUUUUCGAUGAAUCCGUGAGAAGUUGUCCCGACCGUCCUCGUCACGAACAAUCAGAGUCUAUGUUGUCGUCAGAUUUUGCACCUCAGUCCGCGCAACCGGGGUACGACGACUACAACCUAUUCUUGGACGAGUUUGCCGGCUCUGCAUGUAUUUUGCCUCCACAUUUUAAGUCCGAACAACAAUUCACCCCCGAUAUUCGAGAGCUGAUUGAUACAGGGCAGCGGUCACGCGAAGACUCGAUAAGAGAAAAUCUACUUCGAAUUUCGGCCGCAGACUAUAACAUCAUGAAGGGUCAUCUUGAUGAGUUUUCAGCAGUUUUGCCGAGCGAUUUCAUCUUUCCGUCUCGUCACACAUUAUCGCGGUUUCUCGAGGGCUAUAUCGGCGGAUUUCAUGACCACAUACCAUUUCUGCAUUUGCCUACCCUGGUUCCUGUCGACGUGGCUCCGGAGUUGCUCCUGGCAAUACUGGCAGUUGGUGCUCAAUAUAGAUUUGAGAGCAACAGAGGCUAUGCCUUGUGGUAUGCGGCGAGAACUGUUGCCCUGGAACAAAUUAAGAGACGACACAGUUCCGAAGUAGACGCCUUGCUACCAACAGCCGCGUCGUACAGCCCGCAUUCAACAAGACCGUCCCCUAGCACAAGCUACAGGCACUCUUUUGCAUCGGCGGUCUCUGAACGAUCCGUAACUCAUGAUACCCAUCGCGAAGCAUGCUCUCCUAAUACCCCAGGAGCCAGACUCGAAACGAUCCAAGCAGUCCUCCUUCUGUUUGCCGUAGGCCUGUGGGGCGCCAAAACAAUUCUUCAAGAGGCCUUGUCAUUGCAGAGCAAUCUGGCCAUUCUGAUCCGCGAGGAAAGUCUGAACGGAGAGACCAGCCCGUCGUCUCUCAAUGAAUGGGAGGCAUGGAUACGGUUGGAAGGCGCUAAUCGAACAAAACUAAUUGCCUUUUGUUUCUUUAAUCUCUGUAGCACAGCAUACGAUAUGCCGCCACUUCUUCUUACUGCAGAGCUCAAUUUGUACAUGCCGGCGCGAUCAAGACUUUGGAGAGCCGACUCUGCCUGGCAAUGGCAAGAACUGCGGCAGACCACACCUGGGGCCGACAUGACCGUGCACGGAGCCUUCUCACGACUAUUCAACCGCACUACCCAGGGCUUCCCAAAUAAUCUUUCCUCACUUGGCCAUUAUAUAUUGAUCCAUGCUUUGAUUCAACAUGUAUAUCUUUUGAAGCAUACAUCUUUUGCAGCUGCUUCGCCAUACGGCGUGCAACGAACAUUGAAACCGGAGGACGUCGAGGAGGUUUCGCAGGCACUGCGAGUGUGGCAGACUAGCUUUGAACAUCGGCACCAACUUCGAGCUGCAGAGUCCGGGUAUUCGAUGGGCACUGACUCGAGCCCCGGGGGAUCGCUUGCGUUCAACGCCGCUGCUCUUCUGCGGCUAGCGUAUAUUCGCUUAUACACGGACAUAUCUCCAAGCCGUGCCCUUGAGACCAGAGACUCGACGAUGAUCGCAUCGGCACUGAACAGCACGCCCUUGUUGCAUCGCAGCUUCAGACUACACCGCGCGGUGUUUCAGGCUGUGCUCGUAUUGUCUAUGCUUGUCAAGGCCGGGGUGAAUUACGUUGCACGGGCAAAGUCCGCCGAGUGGAGCAUAGAGCAUUCACUGUGCAACUUUGAGUGCGCGCUGUUGCUAGCUAAAUGGCUAGGCACUCUGUCAGCCAUGACAGCGUCAGACCCAGCGACACCACCGGAGGAAAGGGAUCUUUUACAAAACAUUCGACGUAUGCUGGAUGAGACUGAAUUUGCAGUUCCCGUCGACCCCUCACUUGCUGGGCCAAGCUCGAUUUCUGUGCCGAUGGAAUUGGUGACCAGCGAGGGUGCAAAACUGAGGCAACUUGCAAGUGCUGUCGUCCGAUUGUGGGCAGAAACUUUUAAAGGUGUGCAUAUAUUUGACAUGGUUAAAGCAAUGGGCGCAAGCCUAGAUGCUUAUGCCGAUCUUGUGGACAAACGGCGGGAACAUAGCCCAAGUAUGGCUAGGAUGGCACCUGAAGCCGGCAUAACCUGA